AUGCCUCGAUCAACCUACACCGAAUCUCUGUUGGGUUCAGAGCUGUAUAAGAAAGUGAGGGAAACCAGGAUACUUGUUGUGGGAGCAGGAGGAAUAGGAUGUGAACUGUUGAAAAACCUCGUCUUGGUCGGAUUCGCAAAUAUAGAAAUAAUCGACCUAGAUACAAUCGACUUAUCCAACCUUAACCGACAGUUUCUCUUUCGUAAACCAGAUAUAUCCAAACCCAAAGCACUCGUCGCAGCAAUUACAGCGAGGCAUUUCAACCCUUCUUCCGGUAUUGAGAUUCACGCUAGACAUGGGAAUGUCAAAGAUAGUGUCAACGACCUAGAGUGGAUAAAGGGUUUUGGAUUGGUCAUGAACGCUUUGGAUAACAUGGAUGCACGAAGACAUGUCAACAAGUUGUGUCAAGCUGCCAACGUACCGCUGAUCGAAUCUGGUACAGCGGGUUAUCUAGGUCAGGUUACACCUAUGAUCAAGGAUAAAACAGAAUGUUUCGACUGUGUAGUAAAACCUGCACCCAAAUCUUUCCCUGUCUGUACGAUCAGGUCAACUCCCUCGGAACCUAUACAUUGUAUAGUAUGGGGCAAAACGUAUCUUUUUGGGAAGUUGUUUGGAGAAGAUGACGAAGAUAUGGAUACCGAAGAGCUGGACAAGGCAAAAGCUGGCGGAGAGAAUGCUGAAGAGAUUGAAAAUCUGAAGAAGGAAGCUGCAGCCUUCCGAGAAGUACGAAAGAAUCUGGGGGAAGAAGAUGGACCGCAGCGUGUAUUCCAUAAAGUCUUCAACGAGGAUAUAAACCGACUGUUGGCCAUGGAAGAUAUGUGGAAGAAGGAAGGAAGAGUCAAGCCUGUCCCUCUUGACUAUGAAGGUAUAAUCAAUGGCACUUUCGAAACACCCCCUCUAAGGCAUGCUGCCCAACAGACUACUGCGAAUGGACAAGCCCAAGCGAAUGGAAAUAGUGUGCAGAAGAAGGAAGGCUUGAAAGAUCAGAGGGAAUUGACGCUGAAAGAAAAUCUGGAAUUGUUCAUUGAUAGCUGUAAACGACUCUCUGCUCGGGUUAUUUCUCAUCCCAAUAUCCCCUUAUCAUUCGAUAAAGACGAUGAUGAUACGUUAGACUUUGUCCUUGCUACUGCAAACCUCAGAGCGACUGCUUAUGGCAUACCGAACAAAACGCGAUUCCAAGUGAAAGAAAUGGCCGGAAACAUCAUCCCUGCUAUAGCCACCACCAACGCCAUCAUCGCCGGCUUAAUCGUCAUGCAAUCACUUAACAUCCUUCGUCAACUUCCCCUUCACUCUACCUCCAACGAAGCCUCGACAUCUGCUGGACCAGCCAUCAGGAAUGUAUACUUAAGAACCGAUGCUAUCAGACCAUUAGGAUAUAUGAUACCUGCCAAGCCAGAUUCCAGCUGUUCAGUGUGUCGAGAUGUCUAUAUCCCACUGAAAGUUGAUUUGACUAGAUGUACUUUGGGUACCUUCGUCAAUGACGUGGUAAAAACAUGGUUGGCUCAAGCUGAGUUCGAAGGAAAGGAAGCAGAGGACGAAGAUGAGGUGGAAUGGACGAUAUUUGAAGGAGGUAGAUUAUUGGCUGAUCCUGAUUUCGAUGAUAAUUACGAGAGAACGUUGGAUGAUCUAGAUGUUAAAAGAGGGAAGAUGUUGACUGUUAGAGAUGAAGAUGGGAAAUAUAGGCCGGUACACUUCAGUAUCUGUGAAGUAGAUGCACAAUCGGCACUUCCAUACUCUCUUCCUUCAUCACAACCUUUCAUCCCACUCGCGCCUAUCAAAACACAAGAAACUCAAGAUGAAGAAGAGUUCACCUUGCUUGACUCGCUUCCUCCUGCUGGUAGUACUUCCGUCAGCGAAGUUGCCCCUAUAUCGAGCAAUACGGCAGCGGGUACCAAGCGAUCUGCACCCGACGAUGGGGAUGUCAAGGAUGUUACGGCCGAGGAAGAACAGACAAAGAAGAAGAGAAAGGUCUUGGUCGUUGAUGAGGAUGAUGACUUCGAGAUAUUAUAG